AUGGCCAAACGUGAUGAUGAAGACAACAAUUAUAUUGUUUGUACACUGGCUGACGCCGCCGAGACGUCUCAGAUCUCAUUGGAAGACAUCAGCAAGUCCAAGUAUCAAGAGAAGCACAUCAUCAGACGGCGCUCCACCGCCUGCCAACCAGGAGCCCGCUACCGGACAAUGGACGGAAGAUGCAACAAUGCUCGUUGGCCAAACUGGGGAUCAACCAACCAGCCAUUCAGGAGAUUUCUUGAUCCUGCUUAUGAUGAUGGCAAGUUUGUUCCUCGACUGAGGGGCGUUGAUGGUCAUCCCCUCCCGAGCCCACGUGCUGUCAGUGUGGCCGUACAUCCGGGUACUGACAGUCCUUCUGGCGACAACACAGUGAUGGUGAUGCAGUGGGGGCAGUUCCUGGACCACGACCUCACCGGAACCCCCCUCCACGCAGAUACUCGAGAACAAUUGAACACACUGACGGCGUUCGUGGACGCCUCUAACGUCUACGGCCACAGUGAGGAUCAGCUCAGUCAUCUCAGGAACGGACGCGACGACCGUGUGAACGUGUUCCCGGGUCUGGCCGUGCUACACACCGUGUUCGUUAGGGAACACAACCGUCUGGUCAAAGAACUCGCUGGUGUCAUGCCAUCAACCACCCCAGAUGAUGUUCUGUUUGAAGAGGCCAGAAAGAUCGUGUCAGCCAUCAUGCAACAAAUCACCUACCGCGAGUGGCUGCCCAUUAAUGUAGGGCCCUUGGCCAUGAGGAAGUACAGACUGACCCCUGGCUACAGCUUCAGGUACAACUUCACCCAGAAUCCCACCAUCUACAACGUCUUUGCCUCGGCCGCCUUCAGAUUCGGCCACUCAACCAUUCCACGUUUCUUGACCCUGGGAGAUCGGCGUGUACCCAUAGAACAACUCUUCAACAGACCUUCUGAGGUCAUCAGAGAUCUGGAUACCGUUCUGAAGGCUCUCCUGAAGGACAGACGUCAAGAGGUUAACCUCUUCAUCAACAGUGGAUUAACUGAGCAUUUGUUUGAGACGUCUGUCAAAAAGGGCUUUGACAUCGUGUCCUUGAACAUUCAGAGAGGUCGUGACCAUGGUCUGCCAUCAUACAACAGCUUCCGCAAGGCAUGUCGGCUACCGGAAGUGACGUCAUUUGAUGACAGUGUAUUUGGUAAAGCGGGAGCUGCUUUAGGAAGUGUAUACAGAUCCCCGGAUGACAUCGAUGUCUUCACCGGUGCAGUAGCUGAAGAACACGUGUAUGACGGAGCAGUGGGCCCUCUACUGGCUUGUCUCAUUGGUCAACAGUUUAAUGAUCUCAAAUAUGGCGACUCAUUCUGGUUCGAAACAUCACAUCCAAGAAAAGGCUUUACACCAGGUCAACUGGCUGAAAUUCGACGAAUUUGCUUUGCCAAAAUUCUUUGUCGGAAUUCGGGACUGACGUCCAUCCAAAGAGAUCCUUUACAGUGUACUCAGAAGAAAGGUAGGCAGUGA